AUGACGAGCCCUAAGGUAGAGUUACUCGUUAAGUUACAUCGAGAGAUCUGCGGUGUUCACAGCUUAACGGGAUACUUGCAGUAUCUGGCCCGGCAUUCAAAGAUUGACGGGCGCCAAGAGUUCCUACGAAACUAUGAUUCAGGCCAGUAUUUUCUGAGGUACCAAUAUGGCAAUGCUUAUAUUCGUCAACUAACGAACGCAACCACACGGCGCGCACCGCAAAUGGCUCUCGAGAACUUAGAGGAUAGGGGAGUUUUCUCCAAUGGAGAGCACAAAGCAUUGGAAAAAUACCUCGAGAAGCUGCUUGUAGAUGAAAUCAAUUUUGAAUCUAUAAGAAGGACCAGAGCUCGGGGCAAAAAUUUCCGGUAUAAUAGCAGAUAUCAUAGCGGUGGGAGGUUUCGUACUUACUUAUACGGACGCUGA